AUGGAUUUCGCUCCUACAUAUCUCUGUCGUCGCUCGAUGGUCUCCCAAGAAAACAUUAGAGUCCACGACAACCUCCACACACCUCCCUCUUCUCAGCCCUCGUCCCAGACUGACUGCAAAAUUGUACCUCCCGAACAACGUCGCAAUCCUCGCCGCAGUCAGGCAAAUGUUCUCCUAAAGCCUCCCACUCUUGUACGACAAGAAGAGCGCAAGGCUACCUUUGUCGAUGGCCUCGUUGACUCUGCCGCCCAAAUGGUAGAAGUCAUUUGGCCUUUGUCGGUCGCCCCUUGCAAGCCUCAGGCUGGUGGCGUCUUGUCCUUGCGCAGGUAUAUUGAGGAAACCCUUCGCAGAUCUAGAACAAGUUAUUCUACCUUACAGGUGGCUUUGUACUAUCUUGUCCUGAUUAUGCCUUCGGUUCCCAAAUCUGAUUUUACCAUGCAGCAAUCGGUUGACUCACCGUCGGUUCGAUCCCUGCAAUGCGGCCGUCGCAUGUUUCUUGCAUCCUUGAUCUUAGCAUCAAAGUACCUGCAGGACCGCAACUACUCUGCCAAGGCAUGGAGCAAGAUGUCGGGCCUUAAGGUCGCUGAGAUCAACCUCAACGAACGUGCUUUCCUUGCGGCAGUCAACUGGAAGCUUCAUAUUCCUGACCAUCUCUUCAAGCGUUGGACUGAUGUUGUUCUGCGCUACACCCCUGGCCAGGCUCCUCCACCAUGUGGACAGAGCUUCUCUUCCGAGCAAGAAUGCUGGAAGACUAUCAUUCCGCAACUAACUCCAGACUUGGAGUUUGUCGCACCUACUGCAGCAGAAGCUGUUGUUAGCACACGAGCAGAAUCGCCCGUUGCAACAUACGCAUCGUUGCCAUCAUUUCUCGAGCCCCAGACAGAAGUCAGACCUCGCACCCCUGUGCUCGGCCUCAGCUAUCUUCCCACUCCUCGCUCUACUCCUCCACCUGCCGUCGCUCCUGCAGCGAGCGUUGGCAGUGCCGAGAUGUGCAGCCUCGGUGGCAAGUUUAGUCGUCGCUCAUCAUUUGGCAGCCAGGUUUCUUCUGUGCUAAGCCCAGCAGCCUCGAUGGUGUUUGAGGCAUCUCGAUCGUCACCUGCCUCGUCAGUGUCAUCCACCAGCUCAUACCAGCAGGACGGCAUGGUCAAGAUUUCAUCAGUGAAAUCAAAAACUUCUUUUACAGCAUGGCAGUCGCAAUUAACCGCGUAUGACGCUCAGCCUCAGGCCAGCCGACCGGUCAAACGCAGUCAAGAGGAAAUGUCUGACUCGGAAGAAUAUGAGGUUCGAGGACCUCUCCAAUCGACAACAUGCUCGCUGCUUCAGCAAUACGAGGGAAGCAAGACAUUGCCUAUUGUUCUUGACGAUGAGGACUACACCAGCACUAGCAUGGCAGCAGAAGUCGCCAGUGCACAGGCAAUGAGCCAGCCUACAUGUAUGAAUGCUUUCGAAGAGGACAGAAAGCGUAGGCGCGUGGCAUAA